AAAAGACCAGCCCAUCUCACACAUCAAAACCCCCUCCUCCUCUGCCGCAGCUUUCCGUUAUCCACCUUCUCUUCAUCUCCCUCUGUCCUCUUCUUCAUAGACUGUUUCCCCAUCUCUCUUCAAUUUUUUUUUCUCUAAUACCUCUUUCACCGCCAAAAUGUCUGCCCCCGCCCACAAGUUCAAGGUUGCCGACAUCUCUCUUGCGGCCUUCGGUCGCCGCGAGAUCGAGCUCGCUGAGAAUGAGAUGCCUGGUCUCAUGGCCACUCGUGAGAAGUACGCUGCCGACCAGCCCUUGAAGGGUGCUCGCAUUGCUGGUUGCUUGCACAUGACCAUCCAGACUGCUGUCCUCAUUGAGACUCUCACUUCCCUCGGUGCUGAGGUCACCUGGUCGAGCUGCAACAUCUUCUCCACCCAGGACCACGCCGCUGCUGCUAUUGCUGCUGCUGGUGUCCCUGUCUUCGCCUGGAAGGGUGAGACCGAUGAGGAGUACAACUGGUGCCUUGAGCAGCAGCUCCAGGCCUUCAAGGAUGGCAACAAGCUCAACCUCAUCCUCGACGACGGUGGUGACCUGACUGCCCUUGUCCACAACAAGUACCCCGAGAUGCUCAAGGGCUGCUACGGUCUCUCUGAGGAGACCACCACUGGUGUUCACCACCUCUACCACAUGCUCAAGGGCAAGGGCCUCCUUGUCCCCGCCAUCAACGUCAACGACUCUGUCACCAAGUCCAAGUUUGACAACCUCUACGGCUGCCGUGAGUCGCUCGUCGACGGUAUCAAGCGUGCCACCGAUGUCAUGAUUGCUGGCAAGGUCGCCGUUGUUGCCGGUUUCGGUGACGUCGGCAAGGGUUGCGCCAUGGCUCUCCACAACAUGGGUGCUCGUGUCAUCGUUACUGAAAUUGACCCCAUCAACGCCCUCCAGGCCGCUGUCCAGGGCUACGAGGUCACCACCAUGGAGGAGGCUGCUCCCCGUGGUCAGAUCUUCGUCACCACCACUGGUUGCCGUGACAUUUUGACUGGCACUCACUUCGAGGCCAUGCCCAACGAUGCCAUUGUCUGCAACAUUGGUCACUUCGACAUUGAGAUUGACGUUGCCUGGCUCAAGAAGAACGCCAAGAGCGUUCAGAACAUCAAGCCUCAGGUCGACCGUUUCCUCAUGCACAACGGCCGCCACAUCAUCCUCCUCGCCGAGGGUCGUCUGGUCAACCUUGGCUGCGCCACUGGCCACUCUUCCUUCGUCAUGUCCUGCUCUUUCACCAACCAGGUCCUUGCUCAGAUCAUGUUGUACAAGGCUGACGACGAGGAGUUCGGCAAGAAGUACAUUGAGUUCGGCAAGACCGGCAAGCUCCCCGUCGGCGUCUACGUCCUGCCCAAGAUCCUUGACGAGCAGGUCGCCACGCUCCACUUGUCUCACGUCAACGCCAAGAUCUCCAAGCUCAGCUCCGUCCAGGCUGAGUACCUUGGCCUCCCCGUUGAGGGUCCCUUCAAGAGCGACAUUUACCGCUACUAAACACCUUCACCGUCACAUUUCAUGUGUAUCAUGCCACUCCUUUUCUUUCACGUUAAUAUUCCCUUUUGUCACUCUAUGAAAAACUCUUGGGCGCUAGGUCUCACGAUGGGUGCGUGAGUGGGUAAAUUUCAACAUUUAAUUCAUGAGGGCAUGAUCUACGGAAAAGCAUUUGUCCUUCAACGGGACUCUUUGUUUUGCAAUAGCUUCUUUUUUUUUUUUUUAACUUCUAUGAGUAAGGACAUUUGGUGUCUGAUACGGGCGGAAAAGAAAUUCUUCAACGCAUCUAUCUUUGUCAGCGCUGGCGUUCAACACUUGGCUCUUCAACCACGGUCA